CGAGCGGGGUCCCGGGGCCGGGGGGUGCCAUGGGGGCCCCCCGGGAGCGGCGCGAGGUUCUGGCCGCCAUCCGGGCCGAGGUGGCCCGGCACGAGGGGGCCAAGGGCCACCUGAACCGGCUGGUGCGGCUGGUGGAGACCGUGCAGGAGCCGCAGCUGCGCCGGAGCUUGAGCAGCGCCCUCAGGGCCCUCCGAGAGGCCUUGGUGAACAGCCAGGAGUGGACCCUGGGCCGCUCUAUCCCCGAGAUCCGCCUGGGGGUCCUGGGCAGCAGCAAGAGCGGGAAGUCGGCGCUCGUCCAUCGGUUCCUCACCGGCUCCUACGUGGGCUUGGAGCCCACCGAGAGUGGCCAGUUCAAGCGUGAGGUGACAGUUGAUGGCCAGAGCCACCUCCUGCUCAUCCGGGAGGAGGCCGGUGCUCCGGAUGCACAGUUUGCCAGCUGGGCGGACGCCGUCAUCUUCGUCUUCAGCCUGGAGAGCGAGAGCAGCUUCGAGGAGGUGGCGCAGCUGCACGCGCUGCUCAGCGACCUCCGCGGCACCAGCGACGUGGCCCUGGCGCUGGUGGGCACCCAGGACAAGAUCAGCUCGUCCAGCCCGCGGGCGGUGGAGGACGCGCGCGCCCGGGCGCUCUGCGGGGACAUGCGGCGCUGCCUCUACUACGAGACCUGCGCCACCUACGGCCUCAACGUGGACAGGGUCUUCACCGAGGUGGCCCAGAAGGCCGUGGCGCUGAAGAAGCAGCAGCAGCUGAUGGCGUCCUGCAAGUCCCUGCCCAGCUCCCCGAGCCACUCGGCCGCCUCCACCCCCGUGGGGGGCAUCCACCCCAGCCAGACCAGCAACGGUGGCCACACCAGCGACUACUCGUCCUCGCUGCCGUCCACGCCCAACGUGAGCCACCGGGAGCUGCGCAGCGAGACCCCGGCCCCGCUGGGCACGCCCAGCUCGCUGCACCGCGGGGCCAAGCGCCGCACCAGCCUCUUCGCCACGCGCCGUGGCAGCGACUCUGAGAAGCGCAGCCUGGACAGCCGAGGCGAGGUGGCCGGCAGUGGCCGUGCCAUCCCCAUCAAGCAGAGCUUCCUGCUGAAGCGCAGCGGCAACUCCCUGAACAAGGAGUGGAAGAAGAAAUACGUGACCCUGUCCAGCAACGGCCUCCUGUUCUACCACCCCAGCAUCAACGACUACAUCCACAGCACCCACGGCAAGGAGAUGGACCUGCUCCGCACCACGGUCAAGGUGCCCGGGAAGCGUCCGCCGCGCGCCAUCUCCGCCUGCGGCCCCUCGGCCAGCAUCAACGGGCUGCUGCGGGACCCCGAGCCGGGCGGCAGUGUCCCCUCGGUGGGGCUGAGCCUGCCCCCCGAGCCAGGGCUGAAGGUGGUGGGCAAGGGGUCCCUGCAGCGCUGCGCCUCCGCCUCGGGCGCCAAGCUCGCCUCAGAGUCCCCGUUGUCCUUCGAGGCCGUGUCCAGCCCCGGCAGCGCGAGGGACCCUCCGCCCUCGCCGCUGGUGGACAGGAAGAAGCACCGGCGGAAGAAGCUGAUGACGCCGUCCAAGACCGAGGGCUCGGGUGGGCAGGCAGAAGAGGAGGAGAACUUUGAGUUUCUGAUCGUGUCAAGCACGGGGCAGACGUGGCACUUCGAGGCCGGCAGCUUCGAGGAGCGUGACGCGUGGGUGCAGGCCAUCGAGAGCCAGAUCCUGGCCAGCCUGCAGUGCUGCGAGAGCAGCAAGAACAAGGCGCGCAUGGACAGCCAGAGCGAGGCCGUGGCCAUCCAGGCCAUCCGCAACGCCCGCGGGAACUCGCUCUGCGUGGACUGCGGGGCACCCAACCCCACGUGGGCCAGCCUGAACCUGGGCGCCCUGAUCUGCAUCGAGUGCUCGGGCAUCCACCGCAACCUGGGCACGCACGUGUCGCGCGUGCGCUCGCUGGACCUGGACGAUUGGCCGCGGGAGCUGACCCUGGUGCUCACGGCCAUCGGCAACGCCACGGCCAACAGCAUCUGGGAGCAGAACCCGCGCGGCCGCUGCAAGCCCACCCACGAGUCCUCCCGGGAGGAGAGGGAGUCGUGGAUCCGUGCCAAGUACGAGCAGCGGCUGUUCCUGGCGCCGCUGCCCGCGGCCGAGGCGCCGCUGGCCGAGCGGCUGCUGGGGGCCGUGGGCCAGCAGGACCUGCCCGCCGUGCUGCUGCUGCUGGCCCACAGCCACAAGGAGCAGCUCAACGUGCCCACGGCCGACGCGGAGCGGCGCACGGCGCUGCACCUGGCCUGCGACACCGCCCAGGUGGUGGUCACCCAGCUGCUGGUGUGGUACGGGGCCGACGUGCGGGCCCGGGACGGUCACGGUCGCACGGCGCUGUUCUACGCCCGCCGCGCCGGCAGCCGCGAGUGCGCCGACAUCCUGCUGCAGCACGGCUGCCCNGACCCCCGGCGGCCGCCCGACCCCCGGGCCCCGCCGCCGCAGCAGCUGCGCCAGCGUGGGUCCCUGCGAGCCCCGCUCCGCCCUGGUAUAGCCCCGAGGGGCCCGGAGCCCCCCGGAGCCCCCCGGUGCCCCCAGGUGCCCCCCGGCUGUGAGUGCCCGCUGCCCGGGGUCACCCCGGUGCCACCCCCGGGGUCGCCCCUUGCCCACGGUUUGUACUUUUGA